AACAGCAAAACCGCAUGGACCCCACAACAAAUGGAGGGUGCGACCAAAUCAGGAAUUUUGUAAUGAUGUCCCCGCGGAAGGAGAAGCGAGAUGCUCGUUACUGGCGCCGACAGGCAGCCACUCUGCCGGAGUUCGUGCCACCGGCACAGCAUGAACAGGACCUGCAGCAGCUGCAGCAUCGAGCCUCGAUCCUGUGGUCGCCCCAGCUGCUGGAACAGGACGAAAGGAAUGUUUGCGAAUACCUGGACUUUGCGGCUAGCCACUACAACAUCGAGGAGGAGCAGGCUCUCUUUAUCCUCCGUCGUCACGGAUUCGACCUGACGAUAGCCCGUCGUCGCCUGGCGCGGAUUGAAACAGCUCGAGGAUGUCGCUACCAUCGCUGGAAGGCCCAGGAUCUCGUCCGCCUCUCGAAGGCCUUCGAGCAACACGGCACCGAUUUUGUCAAGAUACGGGAGCUGGUGCCGCACUUUCCACUGGCCGAUGUCCGCCUGUAUUUCUCUUUCAUGUAUUCCACCUAACUAAUUUAACCACCAUUGAAUGCCUCAGCCAAAUACAUAUGUACUCCAAGCAUUGACAUUUAGGUUCCCAACUAUUAAUA